AUGUGUGGUGAUCGACUUCUUUUCCGUGCCACGUCACUCCAAUCUAACCCAAGACCAAGACAGGUCCACCUCACUCUCCCCUCAUUCACUGUCAUGUCGGCUGCCUUCUCUCUCCUUUGCCUUCCAAAAAAGGCACUACAUCAUGUGCUUUAUAGCAUUGAUUAUGUUGAUAUAGUCUCAUUCUCUCUGGCAUCCAAAAAAACUAAAGAAGUGGUCAAAUCUCUCAACUUGAAAAUCAAUGAUAUCAAUUUGUUAGUUGAUAAUAUCAUCAGAAUUCAAAUCGACGAUUUCAGAAAUUCUACGUCACCCAUGAUUUGGAAUUUCUAUCCGGAAAAGGAAGAUAAUAACAUCGAACCGAUUACAGUUUAUAUGCCAAUUCGUGUAAUAGGGAUGCGUGACACUAACCAUGUACAGAACCGGGUGAAAUACCGAAAUCCAGGUCUCAGCAUCCGAGAGUGGUUAGCUCAUUUCCAAUAUAUAUUCUCUUUUCCUGAAGAGAACGCACUUUUGUUUGCUAGAGAGGUUGAUAUGAGCUCCCUGAUAGAAACAGUCAGAGGAUUUGAGAUAGAAUCCCUUAGAUUCAUGGAUCCCUGUAGUUUGGAAUGCGCACAGAUGGUGUUGAGACAAUUCCCAUUCAUCAAACGUUUCUUUGCAUGCAGUCGAAGUUUUGAGGACCCCAGCAUGUAUAGAAACAUUUUAAUUCAGAACUUGGAUGUGUUGUUUCUCGGAUACGAUAUUCCUUUUUUGAGAAUGGAAUUGGAUGACUUGUUAAUGAUAAAUAGUAAGGUAAUAUACAUUCGAUCAACAGCUAUCACUGAUAAAGGGAUCAAUCGAUUUCUGAAACAUUGGAUGAAAGGAUCGAACCCGAGAAUGGAAUUGGUGACCUUUUUAUUUUUUGAUGAUCUGGUUCUAGAUAAGGAUGUUAUAUUAAAAGGAACGAAUUAUCACGAGGUACUAUUGGAUGAAGCCAGACAUUCCAAACAAUUGACUUAUGGGCCCAUAGUGGUCAAAGACGGAUAUGAUAUCCGUCGAAGCGACGGAACUGUUGGGACAGUCUUAAUUCGACCACAAUUUGUUCGAUUUUACGUAUGGUGCUGA